UACAGAUACUGAAGAUGCAAGUGAAACUGAUAUGGUUAAACAGGAAGAAGAAUAUACAGAAAUUAAAGAACAGAUGUAUCAAGAUAAAUUGGCCAAUUUGAAAAAACAGCUGCAACAAUUAGAAGAUGGUGAACACCCUGAAUAUUUAAAGAGGUUAAAAAAGUUAGAAAUAAAUCAUGAGAAUAGAUUAUCAUUAAAUGAUGUAUUUCUUCGACUUGAAAAAGAGAGAGUAGAACGAGAAUACUUUCUUGAGAAAGAAGCUGCUCAGAAAGAAUAUGAAGAAAAAAAAAUAGAACUUAAGGAAAAUUUAAUAGCUGAUUUAGAAGAAAAAAAACGUAUUAUUGAAGCUGAGCGAAGCAGUAUGGAGCUCACCGGUGGUAUAACAAAUAAGAGCUCACUGCAGCUAGCUGACCUUGCAAUCAUCAGGAGACUAAUCAUGGAAGAUUCAAUGGAAGUAAAACCUGUAACUACUAGAAAAUUGCGUCGGAGACCUAAUGAUCCUUUACCAAUGCCUGAGAAAAGGCGUAAAACUCUUCCUACUCAGCUAAAUUUUCUUUUGGAUGACAAUGAAAUUCUUGAAGAUUUGAGAGUUCUUAACAAGGAAAAUAAUGAGCAUUUACAGGAUUUGAAGGGAAAAUAUGCGUCUCCCAACAAAAGACAUGACAGAGAAAUCAGGAGCUUACAUCGACAGCUUUACCUUCAAAAUAGUCCAAGUUGUGAUGGAAUUAAUAGUGAUCAUAGAGGAACAUCAAUUGAAGUAAAAGUUGAAGAUGGAAAACUGUAUUAUGAUAAAAAAUGGUAUCAUCGGGGACAACAAGUAUAUUAUGAAGGAAAAGAAGUGGGCUCAAAAAAUAGUGGUUUAAUAUGUACAAUUAGCUCUUCUGAAGUAAGUAAAGUUUUCUUAGAAACUAUAGUUGUGCUA